AUGGCAGCAGAACAUGUACUCAUUAAAUGGCACCUUUGGCUCAUUUAUGAUGUUACUCCUGCCCAAGGUCUCCAGUGGUACUGGAAUGUGCUGAUUGGGGUCUCAGUGGCCCUCGUCCUGCUGCUCUUCCUCCACCUCUUCCUCCGACACUGGCAUCAGAGCAAAGGUAAGAUAUCAGAUGAACUUCCCCAACCCCAACCACCUUUUGCCCCUCUCACUGUCUCCCUGCUCCAGGCUACUGCCUCUGCUACACCUCAGGAUGUGACCUAUGCCCAGCUGAACCACUUGGCCCUCAGACAGGAGACUAAUGCACUCCCUUCCUCUGCAUCAGAGGACCCCCCAGAUAAGCCCAGUGUGUAUGCUGCUCUGGCCAUCCACUAGCCCAGGAAGGACCUGGACCCCACACUCUGGGCAAGGGGUCCUGCAGGGACCCCAGAAGGUACAGAUCUGCCCCCAAAGAUUCUCAGCUAGUGACCCCAGUCAGCCUGGAAACCUGAUAUGGACUGUCAGUAGCUUCUGGGGUCUUCUAGGGGUACCCUGAUU